UUCUUCUUCUCGAAAUCGAGGAGGUAAAGAUUCUUCAAAAGGAUGAUUCCACAGCAAUGGACACCGCCAUGUGGGAAUCAAUGCACCCAUAAAUACUCAGCUUUGAUGCAGAUUCCUUGGAGGGUAUUCUGUAAGAAAGGGUGUAAUGCCGACGGUGAUACAUGGGAAGAAUGCUUGAGCGCGUGUGAUGAGAUAUGCUACAAAGACCCAGUUUUAAAAGAUCAACAGUGGAGUGCUUAUAUUGAUCGCUCUCCUGGUUCUGCCAGCUACUCGCAGGAUUGCUUUCAUGCUUGCGUAUCUGGCUGUGGCUAUAAGUUUGAUAUUCCACCCGAAAAGGUUACUGAAGUUCAUCCAAACCGGCCAUUGCUGCCACCUAAAACCAAUCCAGCACAACCCAAAUCCAGCAAAAAGAUCUCUGAUGACAUCCCCAGCACUUCAGCAUAAUCAACAGCAGCAGCAACAUAAUUUGUAUGAUACAUGUAAAAUGUAUCAUUUUUGUCAAGUUAUACAAUUAAAGUAACUUAUCCUAGGAAUACAUAGAACUUAACUAAGUUUUCUUUUUUCUUUUCGUUUUCCCGUUCUGGGGUUAGAUGACUUUUGUCGAUAUUUACCUGAAAUGGUAAGAAAACACUGUUGAUUUUUUUCCGGCUUAGGUUCUUAUGAUACCAUAUAACCAUACCUGUAAACUAUAUGGCUCCCUGGUCGAGGUCUUGGCAACGAGGGAUGAUCCGUUGACAUUUUGACUUCUUUUUUAACUUAACCAUUUAUUCUGUGUUC